CGUUUAUUUAGUCGGUCAUUGAACAUUCCAAGAGAUUUUAUUUGGAUAAUGUGUAUAUAUUAUACAUAUUUUGUAUGUGCAUUAUGAUUUCGAUAUCGAAGGUACAUGUAUACAUAUAUAUGUAUAUGUAUGCUAUUGCCGCAGUAUGUUAAUUGUUGCGCAUUGUUAACAAGAAUGAAGGUUGAAUUAAGAGAUGACGUUAAAAGAGUGAAUCAUUUUUUUGUAAAGUAACGCUUUACGAUGGGGUUUAGCAGAAUCCAAAUAAUCAGGCUGGGUUUGUUUAAUCUAACUGAUUCGUUGCUGAUAUGACGGUCAAAAAUGUUGGUAGUAUAACCUAAAUUCGUCACAUGUGAUAAGUUGUAGAUAGUGAAAUGUUAUGUAGGUAAAAGAAACAUUCCACUAAAAUGAAUAAUGUUUAUGACGAGUUGACCAUUAAAGACAUAGCUCAUUGGCUUGCUUCUGGAGCAAUUAUAUUUGGUGGUAUUAUUCCAUAUGUACCACAAUAUAGAGAAAUUAAAAAAAAGGAAAAUGCAGAAGGGUUUUCCCUUUACGUAUGCCUCGCACUACUCAUAGCCAAUACCCUACGCAUUUUUUUUUGGUUUGGAAAACAUUAUGAAGUGCCACUUUUACUGCAAAGUAUAUUUAUGAUCAUUACUAUGUUAAUUAUGAUUAAAUUGUGUGUUAGUGUACAAAAUAGAAAUCAAAUAAUAAAAACCAGGGAACACGUAAUUGCUGAUUUAGAUGCAAAUUUUUUUUGGAAAUGGACAGAUUUUCAAUCAUAUUUGGAAUUUAUGCUGUUAUUUGCUGCGCUGGUAGGAGUUCUGACAUAUCUAUUAGGAAAUAUACCAAUAUUUGUUGAAACUAUGGGAUUACUUGCAGUAUUAACGGAAGCUAUGCUAGGAAUACCCCAAUUUAUUCGUAAUUUUGUAAAUAAGUCAACUAGUGGCAUGAGUAUAAUGAUGGUUACUAUGUGGACUCUAGGUGAUGCAUUUAAAACUGGUUAUUUUAUUAUAAAAGAAGCUCCAAUUCAAUUUGAAGUAUGUGGUAUUCUUCAAGUUAUAAUUGAUAUUGCAAUUUUAGCACAAGUAUACAUUUACCAAAGUAGCGCUACUGUGCAUACAAGAGUUCCAGUAAGAGCUGAUUGAUUAUUGUAUUUUAUAUAUAGUGAAAUUAUGAAAUAUUCUUUGUACAGUUUUUGUAUUAACUAACGAAUUUUAUCUAACCUAUUCAACAAUAUUUAUAUUGUCUUUUAUAUACAUCUGUGAAGUGCACAAAUUAUAGAAACAAUUAAUAUUCAAGAUGAUGACUCUCAUUUUAUUUACAUGAUAAAUAUAUGACAUAUUUUUUUAAUUAUAUAAAGACUUUUAUGCUGUUUGAUUGUCUGACGAAUGUGUAUACUUUGAUAAAUAAAUUGUAUUACAUGUAGAAUAUAAACCCAGAAAUAAAGAAUUUUUCGUUGAUUUGUAA